CAUAGAAAUGAUAAUCAAUUACCCACCUUUCACUGCGUCUUGGACACUAACGACAUUCAAGCACUCUACCAACUUCCAACAGACCUGGUUGCAACAAGAACUUCCAUCCCACAUCUCUGUGUAGCCACACGCCACAGCUGUGUAGCCACACGCCACAACUGUGUAGCCACACGCCGCCGCUGUGUAGCCACACGCCACUGCUUCGUGCAGGUGCUAACGGCAGCCACCACGGAGGAGGGGCGCCAAGUCCUGGUGAUUAAAGUCACAGUCUCCGAUGAACCCAAGACAAAGAUCUGGAUCGAAACUGGUAUCCAUGCUCGUGAAUGGAUCUCUCCUGCCGUCUCUAUGUAUAUCCUGAACCUGCUGAUUACAGACGAGUCUUGGCGAGACCUGCUGAAGAGGACGGAGUGGUACAUCGUGCCUGUCGUCAACCCGGACGGCUAUCAUUACACCUUCACCUCCGAGAGUGCUAGGCUGUGGAGAAAGAAUCGCCAGACCCUCCUUGAUAGAGGGUGCAAAGGCGUGAGCCUGAUCCGUGACUUGGACUUGGAAUGGAGCUUCAGCCCUACAUUCGACAGUGUAGUGAGACUUACAAAGGCGUCACACCCUUCACUGAACCAGAAACCCAAGGUCUCCAAGCAAUCAUGGAAACAGUGGGUGGCAUUGACCUGUUCAUAG